AUGGUGGUAGUGGCGGAAGCGGAGGUUGCAGUUGGGGCGCGGGGCGCGCAGAGUGCUCUUGGCGGAGGCGCGCACGGCGGAGAAAGCAAGGCGCAGGAGGCGGACGCGCUGACGCCGCCGCAAUAUGCUGCGGGGGGAGCGGAGGAUACAGCGAGUCUGGCUUGCGAAGCAGACGGGGGAGCCACGGCGGAAGGAAGAGAGGACGGCGGAAGAGUGGAGGGCGAAAAGUCGCCAGAGGAAGAGAGCGGGCGGGAGGGGGAGAAAGCAGAGCCGCAGGGAGGAGCGGGCGAAAGUGGGGAGACGGACGGUGUGAGAGGAGAGGAAGAAGCGGAAGCAGGCAUGGGCGUGGGCGUGGUAGUAGGUGUGGAAGAGCGCGUGGUGGAGUGGAAUGGCGAGCGGCAGGGGAAGAAGGUGCAGUGGCCCGACGACCGAGGGCUCACGCUGGCUGACGUGCGCGAGUUCGAACCUAGUGAGUCGAGCUGUGAGGACGAGGCGAGUGACGACAGGGGGCCAAGCCGCGGCUGUAGCUGUGCCAUCCUCUAG